CCGGCCGCCGCGCUCCAGUCCCGAGCAGCCCAGGAGUGGCGGAGCUCGGCGGGGAGGACGCCCGCAGAUCCGGGAGCGGGACCCCGAGAUGGACGCGGUGGUCUUUGCGGAUGUGGCUGUGAACUUCACCCCAGAAGAGUGGGCUUUGCUGGAUCGUGGUCAGAGAAGGCUCUACAGAGAUGUGAUGCUGGAGACCUGCUGGAACCUGGCCUCACUGGUUUGUCCCAGUCAGGAUAAAAGGAGUGCAUCGAGGACGCAGUGGAAUAUUUUGCAGAAUGAGUUACCCAGUGAAGAGAAAAUAGUCAUAUUUGCAAGAAAUGAUUCGUGUUCUGUUUUUGGAGAAAACCGGAAAUUUCAUAGCAGUGGAGAUCAGACCCAAACCCAGGAAGGGCAUUUGAGAAGUCAUUUGGUGGAGCGUGUCUGUGAAAGCAAUGAAGGUAAUCAAUGUGGAGAUACCGUAAACCAAAUUACUAGUUUUACUGUGCAUGAGGAGUGUACUACUGGAGAUAAAUCCUGUGAAUGCAUUAAGUGUAGAGAAACCUUCACAGAUGGUUCUUUCCCUGAGAACCCAGGAAGAUCUCAUCCUGGACACACACCUAGUCCCUGUGAGGAAUGUGGGCCAGCCUGCAGGUGUGUCUUGAGCCGCAUCACUCACUUGGACGCAGACCUUGUAGAGAAACCCUAUGAACAUCGUGAACAUCAGGACUCUGGCACAGCAUUUAAGAGAUACUUGAAGAAUCUCAGCAGUAAAAAAUCUUUAGAGUGCAAGAAAUGUGGAAAAGUUUUCACUCGCACCUCAUCCUUUCAGGAUCAUGUGCAAGGUCACUGUGGACAGAAUGUCCGUGUGUGUGAUGUAUGUGGGAAAGCUUUUAUGUAUAAUUCUGAUCUUACACGUCAUGUGAGAACUCACACUGGGGAGAGACCAUAUAAAUGUGUGGAGUGUGGGAAAGCCUUUAGGUCUACUUCAAACCUGCGAAUACAUAUGAGGACACACACUGGGGAAAGACCCUAUGAAUGUCAGCAAUGUGGGAAGACCUUCAGAUAUCUUGGAAAUCUGCGAGAACAUGUGACAACACACACUGGGGAGAGACCAUAUGAAUGUCAACAGUGUGGGAAGACCUUCAGGUAUAACUCAUGCCUGCGAGAACACAUGAGGAAACACACUGGAGAGAAACCCUAUGAUUGUAAGGAGUGUGGCAGAGCCUUUAGGUAUCACAGAGACCUACAAGUACAUAUGAGGACGCACACUGGGGAAAGACCCUUUAAGUGUCAGCAGUGUGGGAAAGCCUUUAAGUCUCCUGCAAACCUUCGAGCACAUAUGAGGACACACACUGGGGAAAGCCCCUGUGAGUGUCAGCAGUGUGGCAAAGUCUUCUCGACUCCUGGAAACCUGCGAGUACAUAUGAGGACACAUACUGGGGAAAGACCCUGUAAAUGUGAGCAGUGUGGGAAGGACUUCACAACUCCUAGAAACCUGCGAGCACAUAUGAGGACACACAGUGGAGAAUGACCAUGUAAAUGUCAGCAGUGUGGGAAAGCCUUCAGCUCUCCUGGAAAUCUACGAGCUCAUGUGAGGACACACAAUGGGGAAAGACCCUGUAAAUGUCAGCAGUGUGGGAAAGCCUUCACCUGUACUGCAUCCUUACGAGUACAUAUGAGGACACACACUAGAAAGCGACCCUAUGAAUGUCACAACUGUGGCAAAACCUUCAGGAGUCCAUCACACCUGGAAGCACACAUGCGGACACACACUGGAGAGAGACCUUUUAAGUGUAUAGAGUGUGGGAAAGCUUUCAGUCAGCCUCAGUGUUUUCAAGAUCAUUUGAAAACGCACAGCACAAUUAAACCCUAUGAAUGCAUGGAGUGUGAGAAAACAUACAAGUUUCCCUCAUCCCUUCGAGUGCAUAUGAAGAAACACACUGGGGAGAGACAUUCACUCGUCACCACUCCCUUCAAGAACACGUGA